AAAGACGAGACCGCUUCCGCCCCCCCUUCCUUUCUGCUCCUCUGUUGAUCGAAUCCAUCGAUAAGAGGCGGAGGAAUCCAACGAAGAACUCGAUCUCCGAUUCCGAUUCGCUUCUGCUUCCUCAGUUUUCGUCGAGAAAGAUCGUGCCUUUGUGAUCGCAUGCUCGCCCCCGGUCCAUCAUGGAUCUCGAGACCCUACUUGUACCAGACGCCGCCGCUUAUACCCGUCUCUGCCCCUGCGCCUGCCCCUUCUGCUGCCGGUCCCCUUCUCCCUCCUGGCGUCGCUCCAUAAAGCGCCGACUUGACCCAGAGGCGUCCGCCGAUUGCGCCGCCCCUUCUCCGGCCGGCGGCGAUGUCGCCGCCAGGGUGGAGGUCGAGAACGAGGUGGCCGCCCUCAGGGAGGCCAUGGCGAGCCAGCAGCAGUCGAUCCAGGAGCUGCUCGCGGAGCUCGACGAGGAGCGCAACGCCGCCGCCUCCGCCGCUAGCGAGGCCAUGUCCAUGAUCCUCCGUCUCCAGCGCGAGAAGGCCGAGGCCCAGAUGGAGGCCCGCCAGUUCAAGCGCUUCGCCGAGGAGAAGAUGCACCACGAUCAGCAGGAGAUUCUUGCCCUCGAAGAUCUCCUCUUCAAGCGCGAGGAGGCCGUCCAAUUUCUCACCUUCCGGCUGCAGGCCUAUGCGCACCGCCUUCUCAGCUACGGCAUCGACCCCAAUGCCGUUGGUGCCGAUCUUGCCCCUGCCUCCACCAGUGGUGCGAAAGACGACGCUUGGACUCCUCAAUUGGACGAGUUCCCAACCUUUGAUUACCCUCGUCUCAAGUGCACCCUGCCCUAUGAUGUCGAACACGAAGAGGACCAUUAUGAUGAGGCUCCUCAUCUCGAAAAGUAUGCUUCUGUGGAGACACCGCAGGCCAAAGAAGACCUCGAGGAUUUGGAGCAGCGUAUAUGCCAGCUCGAAGCCUAUCCAGACGACAUCAGUCUGAUGGAAAAGGGUGUCAUCGAGGAAUCGCCACGGCCCCUCAGCGAUUCCAGGCAUUCGCUUGCUGAUAGCCAUGGCUCUGUGUCGGCCAAGAAUUUGCCAGGGCUCACAAAAGGCGAGGAGUUUCCUGCCUCAGCGGACAAACCAUUGGACGAUGGGAGUGGCUUUGAUGACAUGGCCGAUAGGGUGUACACCAUAGAUGCCGUACAUGGAGUUCCGAUGGUCAUUGUGUCCGAGGAUUGUGUGGACACGCCAGUGAAGGAGGAGAAGAAUGGGGAGAUGGAUGGAAGAUUAGAAGGUGGGAGUCCAGAUAUAAAGAAUCUGUACAUGAGGCUACAGGCGCUCGAGGCAGAUAGGGAGUCGAUGAGGCAGACCAUCAUUUCCAUGCGAACAGAGAAGGCACAAUUGGUGCUGCUCAGAGAGAUAGCACAGCAGCUUUACAGGGAGGUGGCUCCUGAGAGUAAGAUCAUCAAGAAGAAAUCUUCGACUGCGAAUUUCUCCAUUGUUGGUCUGCUUAAGUUGAUAGUGUCAUUUAUUGUCUGGAGAAAGAAGGCAUCACGAAUCAAGUACUCUUUUGGGUCAUCUAAUAACAAUGCUGGAUUGCUGCUGCUUUUAGACAAGACACAUCGAAUCAGCAACUGGAAGUGUGUCACAAGAACACAUGGGUGAAUUUGACUAUGUUUGACUUGUUUGAAUUCAAAGUGAAUAAGAUAAAUGUAAAUCAUGAUAUUGUUUAACCAAAUCAUCAUGUUUGGGAGUGCAUUUUUCGUGAGGAUCUGUUCGAGUCCCAAGUUUGCUUCUUUUUUUUUUUCCUCUUGUAAUCGUUUUUUGGGCUUGGAGGUGUUCCACAUGGUUUACAAGUAAACCAUGAGCUUGUCUGGGGAGGGUUGCUCUUUAGUUCUUAGGAUUGAUAUUCGAAAAGCAUGUUGGUUUCAAUCUGAUGAUGAAAUUGUACUGUUCCAA